UUCCAUCAUCUCCAAGAUUGAAACUUUGAGCGCCGGUGGAGUCCAAGUGGUUCCCAUUUAGUGCCCAAAUUCUCAGUUCAAGUUAUAGAGAGAGAUAGGCGAAUGGAAAGCUCUGGAGAGUUGGUGCCAUUUCCGCUUUUGCUGACACCGAUAGAGUCCAACUACAGGGCAUGUACUAUCCCUUACAGAUUUCCAUCUGAUAAUCCCAAGAAACCGACUCCAACCGAGAUCCAAUGGAUUGAUCUCUUCCUCAAUUCCAUCCCGUCUUUCCGAAAACGGGCGGAGAGCGAUGACACAGUUCCCGAUGCUCCAUCUAGAGCUGAGAAAUUUGCUCAGAGGUAUACUGAAAUCCUGGAGGACCUUAAGAAGGAUCCUGAAAGCCAUGGUGGGCCACCUGAUUGCAUUCUACUUUGUAGACUUCGUGAGCAGAUACUUAGAGAACUGGGAUUCAGGGACAUAUUCAAGAAAGUUAAGGAUGAAGAAAAUGCCAAGGCAAUAUCCUUGUUUGAGGGUGUAAUUCAUCUUAAUGACGCCAUUGAAGAUGAUGCCAAACGUGUGGAGAAUCUUAUUAGAGGAAUAUUUGCUGGCAACAUAUUUGACCUUGGUUCAGCACAGCUUGCAGAAUUAUUUUCCAAGGAUGGGAUGUCCUUCUUGGCUAGCUGUCAAAAUCUUCUCCCAAGGCCAUGGGUGCUAGAUGAUUUGGACACUUUUAUACAUAAUUGGGGGAAGAAAUCAUGGAAAAAGGCAGUUAUUUUUGUUGAUAAUUCUGGUGCAGAUAUUGUCUUAGGUAUUCUACCAUUUGCAAGGGAGCUCCUACGACGUGGAACACAGGUUGUCUUGGCUGCGAAUGACUUGCCCUCAAUAAAUGACGUCACUUAUCCUGAGUUAGUUGAGAUCAUAUCCAAGUUGAAGGGCAAAAAUGGUGAUCUUGUAGGUGUAGAUACCUCCAAUCUUUUGAUCUCGAAUUCUGCCAACGAUUUGCCUGUUAUUGAUUUGACAAUGGUGUCUCAAGAACUCGCUUAUCUGGCAAGUGACGCCGACCUUGUUAUUUUGGAAGGAAUGGGGCGUGGAAUUGAGACAAAUCUUUAUGCGCAACUGAAAUGUGAUUCCCUCAAGAUUGGAAUGGUAUAUUUUAUAGUUUUAAAUCGCUCGAUUUCAAGUUUUAUGUGUUUAGGAUGCAAAUGUAUGUUAAAUGUCAUUGAACGUUGUUGUCUUUAAAUGCAGGUCAAGCAUCCAGAGGUUGCCCAAUUCCUAGGAGGAAGGUUAUAUGAUUGCGUAUUCAAAUACAACGAGGUUUCAACCUAACACUUUGCUACUAUUAUUAUUAAAAAACAAUGUCUAGUAAAUUAGGCGACAAACUAUAGAAGAAAAUAAAUGGCAUUGGAAUUUUGUCAUCUCUUAACAAUUUGUGUCGAUAAAUGGGCCAUGAUACAUCACUUAUCAUUUGAAAUGCUAGCCAAUGCUCUAUGUAAUUUUAUUUAA